CUGCCGUAAUGCACUUGGGCUGUUGUUUCUGUACGGGGAAGUGUGUCUGAUGGUUCUUGGACACAGGGAGGCCAGCAGUGAGGAGUCUGGUGCACAGCUCAGGGCACCUGGUCUUGGGCAAGCAGAUAGAGCCUCUCCCCUUAAGCUAUGGAGGUUUCAUGGAAAGACUGAACCUUCUCACCUCUUGUCCCUGGACCCCUCCAAAGACCCACACAAGCAGGAUCCACAGCUGUCAAAGCAUUUGAGCUCAAGCCAUGCUCCCUUGGCAACACCUGCCAGACGCCACCCCUUCCUGAAGAGCGGAAAGUUCCAGAAGAUGUUUGGCUGGGGCGACUUCUACUCCAACAUCAAAACGGUGCGCCUCAACCUGCUGGUGACCGGCAAGCUGGUGGACCACCACAACGGCACCUUCAGCGUCUACUUCCGCCACAACUCCACGGGCGAGGGCAACGUCUCCGUGAGUCUGGUCCCGCCAGGCAAGGCGCUGGAGUUCGACCUGGAGCGCCAGAGCGUGGUCUACCCCAAGGACUCCAAGACGUUCACGUGCCGCGUGGACUACGAGAAGGCCGAGCGGAGCAAGCGCACGUUGCCGUGCAACUACGACCCGUCCAAGACGUGCCUGCAGCAGCAGACGCAGAGCCACAUCUCCUGGCUGUGCUCGCGGCCGCUCCGUGUCAUCUGCAUCUACAUCUCCUUCUACAGCACCGACUACCGGCUCGUCCAGAAGGUCUGCCCGGACUACAACUACCACAAUGCCCUGCCCUACCUGCCCUCGGGGUAACCGUGGAAACCAAGGCAAACACUGGACACAGACAAGAAAUACAUAGUCAUGAUGAGAUGAAGUCAAAGGUCCACACAGUCAGAAAUACAGUAUAUUUUCACACAGGGGCUUGCUGUUUGAGCCGUGUCAAACAUAUGAUUUAAUACUUGGACUACAAAUAACAUGUUGUUCUAAUAUCUGUAAAUCAAAUAUAUUAUCA